UCGGUUUCGCGAGGUAGCAAGUGUAUGACGGAGUCCACAAUGGGAUGGCAACAGGUGAUUAGCGACGAACUCUUUUUGUCCAAGUUGAAACUAGACGUGACGUCACCCAGUGUCUUCGUGAAGUGCCAGUGGGAAAGAUGUCCUCCCUUGGCUUUUGUAGUCUACAGACUGUGUUUAGCACUUUACUUUCUGUCUUGGUUGAUCUACACUGGUUAUGAGAAGGGGAUCCAUUAUAAAAAUCCUUCAGUUUUCUUUGUCUACUUUACCCACUGGGUUCUCAUUCUCCUCACUUCUUCCAUGAUGGUAUCCGCUGGGGCAACUCUCUAUCAUUAUCUUCUAAGAUCAAGAGGCGAGAGCUGGGCAGAUGACAUAACAUUUGACAUUCAGAUGGAGCAGCAGUCAGCAUCUUUGGCCCAUGACCAGGAUUCCAGACUUUAUCAGGGAGAGGACGUCACCGUCAGGGUGAUCACCAAUGUCAAGGUGGAGACCCCAUGGUACUGUAAGCUGUCCUGGGUACUAUACAACAUGACGUUCAGUGCAACAAUACUGGUAUUUCUGAUAUACUGGCCCCUGCUUUAUGAUGGUCACUUCAUGGGGACAAAAUUCAACAACCAUGCUAUGACCGCACUUGUCAUGCUGGCCGAUGUAUUUGUAACAAAAAUCCCAAUCCGACUUCUCCAUAUGGUGUACCCACUGGUGUUUGUGACAGUUUAUACCAUAUUUAACAUUAUCUACAGUCUCAGCGGUGGACUAAAUGCAUAUGGUAGUCCUUACAUCUAUAAAUUCCUAGACUGGAGAAAACCACUGAUCCCUAUUACUGUAGUGGCCUGUCUGGGAGUGGUGGGCAUCCCUGUACUACAGGUGACCAUAUUUGCUCUGUACAGACUACGACUGUUCUUACACAAAAGAUGCAGGUGACAAGAAUAGAACUUCACACUGAAGCUAGAUGACAACCAAAGAAUCUGCAAUUUUUAAAUCAAAGAACAUUUGAUGUAGUUGAUAGAAGUAUUUCCAGCAGAAAGUCUUCAUUGAGAAGUAGCAAAAUGUGGGGAUUACAAAUAAAUCCGGGCUUUAAAAAAUUGGCAAGUCUGGAUAGGAGGACAUGCGUCUAAAAAGAUCUCUAUGCCACUGUUAUAAAUAUUCCAGUAUUUUUACCUCAUACUGGGUAAACCUAAUGUAAAGGCUAAAAGCAUAUCCAGUAAUUAGAUAAUUGUCAGAGCUCACUAGAAGUAAUGAAAAUCAAGUCAAGAGAUAAUUUAUUUAGCCAUUAAUUCAUAAAAUAAUGAAUUUUGGGGGUAAAUUGACCUGUAAAAGUGUUGUGGUGUUAAAAACUGUAAAAGUUGAAAUUAUAAAAAAAGUUUAAGACUGUAUUAAAAGGGAUAUAGAUUAAGGAUAAAAACUACAUAAAAAUCUUCCCGUGAUGCAAAUGCAUGAUUUCUAAACUCAGUAAGCGGAGCAGGGAAAAAACUGAAGUGUUUUAAUUCACAAUCAAUGGGAUGAAUCAAAUUUGAAUUUUUAUAAGUUAAAGGGGAGGUCAACAUU